UUCGGAUUGGCAACUGCAAGACUGAGUUUCGAUUUUGUCGUUUGACGCAUUUAUCGGAGUGAAGUGUAAAGAGAUUUAAGAGAUGGCUGGCCAACCACAGCAGAAAGAUGCUCCUGAUCAGAACUUUGACUAUAUGUUUAAGAUUUUAAUUAUAGGAAACAGUAGUGUGGGCAAAACUUCUUUUUUAUUUAGAUAUGCAGAUGACUCCUUUACAUCUGCAUUUGUGAGUACAGUUGGAAUUGAUUUUAAAGUGAAAACUGUUUUUCGGCAAGAUAAACGUGUUAAACUGCAAAUUUGGGACACUGCUGGGCAAGAACGGUAUAGAACAAUUACCACAGCAUACUAUCGUGGUGCCAUGGGAUUCAUUUUGAUGUACGAUGUUACAAAUGAGGAAUCCUUUAAUAGUGUGCAAGACUGGGUUACACAAAUCAAAACUUAUUCCUGGGACAAUGCUCAAGUUGUUCUAGUUGGUAAUAAGUGCGAUAUGGAAGAUGAACGAGUUGUAUCUGCUGAGCGAGGCCGUCAACUCUCUGAACAACUGGGUCUGGAAUUUUUUGAAACUUCAGCUAAAGAGAACAUUAACGUCAAAGCUGUAUUUGAGCGUCUGGUAGACAUCAUUUGUGAUAAGAUGUCAGAAAGCCUUGAUUCUGAUCCUAAUCUUGUUAAUGCUUCCAAGGGCACUCGUCUCACGGAAAAUCCUGCACCACCAAAUGCAGGAUGCCAGUGUUAAAUUUUGAUCAAGACGUAUUUUUUCAUUACCAUAUGGUGUUCCUUUUUUUAAAAAAAAGUGUUUGAUAAGAGGCUUGGUAGCAUUCUUUUAAGUUUUUUUUAAUUUAUAUAUAUAUAUAUAUAUAUAACCCAAAAAUGUGUUCAUUCCAUAUUGAUGGCGAUGAAUAUUUGAAUACUUACACUGUACUGUAUAAAAUUGAAGUUACUCAGCUAAUUUGGAUUGCAGGUGUUACUUAAGUAUAGAUAUUGACAUAUUAGGUUUCUUGAAUAAGGAAAUAUGUGUCAUGCAGUUUCUAUUAAGUAUUUAAAUAAAACCUAUGAAUUGGAUGUGGUAAAGUUUGUAUGGAUUAAAAAUUUAAAUUUUUAAACUAUGAUUUGAAUUUUUAAAUACAGUUUUAGUAUUUUAUUUAGAUUUAGUAUUAAUUAUAACAUAAUUAGUUUUUAAAUCAACAACAAUAAUAUAAAAUAUUUUAAUCCCCUCCCAAUAUUCUCAAGAUGAUUACAUUCUUCUUUAUAAUUCAUGAAUAGAGUUACUUAAAAAUUAGUAUUUUAUUUUUUUAUUGUUGUAUGUGUAAUGUAUUUACAUGUGCUUUCAUACAUAGAGAUUAUUAUUAUGAAUAAUUAAGGAUUUUUGUGUACAGUAAGCAUUAAUGGUAUUAAGAAUUACUGUGAUUAAAAAGAACUGGUUAUAUCAAUUUGAUGUACUUAAAUUAUAAAAAUAAAUACUAGAUCUACAAAGGACUUUAUAAAUUGUAAAUAUUAAUUGCAGAACUGUCUGGAACAUAUAAAUGUCAUGAAAAAAGUGUAAAUUCAUAUAGUACUUUCAUAGUUAAAACCGUAAUUGUAAAUUUUAAAAAAAUGCUCUAAAAGGAAUUUUUUAGGUUUUUGCUAAUCGGUCGAAGCCUUAAAUUAUUACAACAUAAAAAGGUGUAUAUAUAAACAUUCUACAAUAAGUUAAAAAAAAUUUCUAUGUAUUUAAGUGCCAUGGUCAUUGAAUGAGAUUUCUGUAAAUUUUUUAAUAUAUCUGAUGAUAGUAUAUAUGUAUAGCUGCUGUAUGUAUAAUUUUCAAUAUAUAUCAGUAUUGUUUCAACAUAUCACUUUUGAGAUAAUUAUUUAUACUUAUUUAAGGAUUUUAAUAUUUUAUUUUGUAUUUUACUCUAUGAUAGAUUUUUUUUUUUUUUUUGCCAUUCAAUAUAUUAUCUAUCUUGCAAAUCUACUUGUAUUACAAGCUGAUUAUUAUUUACUUGCAUACAGAAGUAGGAUUCUUAGCUGCAAGCUUGUUGUUUCUGCUUACUUCCAAGUAAACUGCCACUAAUUUAACUCUUCCCCCCUUUUUUCGCCUUUCUUUUUUUAAAAACUGAAUUCUGCCAAGCCUAUUUGCUUUUAUUUCACAACUGUUCUUCAGAUAUAAGCUUAGUUUAAAGCAGCAGUUUUGUUAGUGCUCGUCAGAUUCCAUACAUCGCAAAGUUAGGAGUAUGAAUGCUAUUUCUCCAUGUAGGAAGAACGUUCCCAUUUGAAAAGGAACUAUUGAAUUAUUAAAUUUUGUAAUAUGGUCCAACAUUCCUUUACGCUGCUCUCUAAGAAGAUGUUUUAUUUAUUGAUAAAAAUAUUUUUUACCUAGUCAUUGUAGUGAUGUAUUUAAAGCCUUUUAUUUACUUAGUCUAUAUGCUGAAUCAGUCUUACUGUGUAGUAUUUUUGAAAAAAGGGGAAAAAAAGGAUUUAUUCUUUGCUAUUCUAUUUUCUGUACUUUCCAAUAUACUGUGCAGUAAUUUUUAGAAAUUGUUAAAUAUUUUGAUCUACCUAAUAUAUAUGAAAGACUAUCUUUAAUCGCACAGUUCAUAAAAUCUGAGUAGACUUCUGGAUAGGACAGAUAAAAAUAAUAAAUAUAAAAUUCUUUCAGAUUUAAAAUAUAUUCCAUUCUUAUAUAGGACAUAUAAAAAUAAUAAUUAUAAAAUUCUUUUAAAGAUUGAAAAUAUAUCCCAUUCUUAAUGUAUUAUUUAGAGGAAAAUUGCAUUUUGUGAUACAAUAUUGUUUUUAAAAUCUAGUCAUAUUUUAUUUUUAUUUGCUGUGAUAUGAAAAGUAUAGGAGUUUAUAUGAUUGAACUUAUUUUAUUCAUUUUGAUUAAUACAAGCUGUAAACAAUUAUUUUCUUUUAAAUAUUUCUAGUCAUUUUUUUCUGAUUUUUUUUAAAAAAUUAUUAUAAGAUUAAAAAAAGCUUUAUUUCAGUAUGUAGGAACAUAUCAAUUACUUUCGAAAUACAAUCAAAAUAAUAAAAUGUAGUGUAUAAAUAGAGGUAUUGUUGAUGGGUUUGUGUGUAUAACAAUCACAAGAAACAAAUUUUGUGCCUUUGUUAUACCUUUUACUUGUGGAAUAUAUAACCCUGCUAGAGUUUUUUUCCCAUCUCAUUUGAAUUUUUUAUUCAUUGUUUUUACUCCUAUUAUGAAGUGAAAGUAUUUCCUUAGGAUUGAACAGUAUGCAUUAUUAUGUGUGUAUUAGGUAUCUUUGAUGUUGCUUAAUAUGCUAGCAAGUUUGUGUUAUGCUAAGCUAAAUCAGAGUCAGUAUGUGUUUUUACAUAUAAACAGGACAUUACUAUACUAUUGAGAUAUUUCAUAAAUUAAUCACAUAUUAAACAAGCACUUUGUUAAAAAUUAAUUUACAAAAAUCCCAUUUAAAUGUCGUAAUAAAUCCAUUUGCAUAUAGUCAUCUACUUAUCUCUGGUAGGCAGCUGUGCCAUUGGUGCACAUCAGCCAUUGAUGAGUAACUGAAUUGAUGAAUUCGUUUUAAGCAGUUCUUCAGAUUCUGUUUGCUUUGUAAUAAAAUUCAUUAGCUUCAGAAUUACUUUAGAAAAACUUUUCUAUCAGCAUUUUUGAUUGCAACUGUAGUCUGAUGUGACUGAAGAGAUUUAUUGUAUACCCUUCCCUCUUAAAAAAACGCUUGUGAAAAAUGAAAGGCUUUUAAUCAUACUCACCACUAAGUAUAAUAGAUAAAAUUUGAAAUCAAGCUAGUUUUUCGAGUAGCAUUCCUUUAAAAUGCAGUUUGUCAAAGUAUUUAUAGUUUGAAAAACUCCUAUAUGAAUGCAUAAUAUUUCAUUGAUAAAUAAUUUAUCUAAAACAAAAUUGUCAUAUUUUCAGAAAGAAAUACAUUUUUAAUUGCAGUUUAGGUAAUUUUUAUCUGUGAGUUGGUGGUAUUAAUCAAACAAAAUGGAAAGUAGGUAUUGUAUGAUGUUAACUUAAAAACUCAUUUAUCUUUCAUCUGUUAAGCUUUUUAAUAAACUUGCUAGGAAUUAUGUAAAGAAAAAAAAUAUUUACCUGUUAAAAAUGAAUUAAUUGAAAAAAAAUAAGUUGAUUUUUGUAGUUUACUCUAUAUUGGUAAUUAAAAUUGAUAGCAAAUAGGCUCUGAAAUGGCUUUGCAUAUUUUUUAAAUUAAAAAAAAAAUUACAGCAGAAUACAUUAGUGCACAGUAGCUGCUAUAUUUGCAUUUAAUUUGCUAGCAAAAUGUUAAUUUUUUUCCGUAAGUUCUAUUUUUUAACAUUUUAUGCUUUGUUAAUUUGCAUUAAAAAUUUAUUUUAAUGUUGUUCAUAAUUUUCAUGUUGAACUCAAAAAGUUUACAAAGGAUAUAUAUCAUGUUGGUGAUUUUAGAAAUAUCAGUGUACAAAUUUAUGUAGUAAGUAUUUAUACAAAAGACUUUAUUAUGCUCAAUUAUGUUAUAGGGUUAUGUUGCUAAUACAUAGAAUGACUAAGUGGCAUCUAUUAUGUAUAUUUUACAUAUUAAAAUUAUGUGGUUUUUAUGUACAUAAAAAAAGUACAAGAAGCUGGAUUUUUAUCAGUUACUGGAAUGCAUAUCUUACUGAGAAAAUUAUGUUAUUAAAUAAUUUUUUUCAUCUCCUCAGUCUUAGAUACAUACCUAAUUGCAGAUAUUUCAUAUAAAAAGUGUAAAUGAAAUUAAUCAUCCAAAAUUUGAAUUUUCUGCAGUUUUGUUUAAGAACUGUGUUAAGAAAACCAAUAAAAAAACUUUAUAAUAGUAGCAAUUGUGUGUAUAUUGAUACUUCUAUAUAUGUGUGAAAUUUAGAACUAUUAAACGAAUUUUAAAUCUGAAAUGAAAAAAGCUUACAUAUUCCUCAGAGGUAAACAGCAUUUUUAGGCCUCAAGGAAAAUAUAUAUUUUAUAUAUAUAUGUAAUCUUUGAGUAUUAAGAGUGCUGUAUUAUAUUUGUGAAGUAAAUUAUGCAAUAUUUUCUGAUGUAAAGUUUUGUAUUUUGCUCUUCAGAUAUGCCCAAAAUAUUUGAUAGUGUUUGAGAGGGUAGAUAUUUUGUUUGUUUCCAGAUUUUAAUCAUAACUAUGAAAAUAUUUGUGAAAAUUACUAAAUCAAAUUCUCAUAGGAGAAUAUACAUCAGCAAUCAGUGAAUUGUUGUUUUAUUGAAAUACCAAUUAUGCAUUUGAUGAAAAGUAGCUUAGUUUUAACUAAAUAUAUUGCAUAUUCUUUAAAUCGGUACUAUUUUGGAAAAUGAUACUUAUUUUUUUAAGAUCAUACGUAAUCUUAUUUCUGUAUAUUUUACUCAAAUAAUGUCAUUCAGUGAUUGAAAUUGAUUUUAUAAUGAGUCAUUAAAAAAAUCAUUUUUAUUAAAUAUUGUGGAGUUUCUGAGGGUUAAACUUUUCUCAUUCUAGAUUUAACAUGUGUGCAACUGUGUUGUAAAUGUUAGACUCAUACAAAGUACAUGUUAGAACCUAAAUGUGUAGUAUGCCUGAAAUGUAAAAUUUGGCACAUUUGUUGCAUUGCCUUGAAACAUUUAUGUAUUUAUCUCAUACUGGAAAUGCCUCAUGUAGUGUGAUGAAAAGUAAGCAUGGUAGACUGAUAUUUAAAGGAUUUAAUUUUUUCAACUAGGAGUAAUUCUACAGUAUAAAUAUAUAUCGCACACAAGCAUAUAUACAUAUAUAGUGAAAGUUGCAUGAAAACCACUAUAUAAUCAUGUUCUAAAUAUUUACAUGUUUUAAAUGCUUUAUUACAACUGUUUUAUGAGACUGAAAUAAUAAAUAAAUAUAUAUAUUAUAUGCAUAUGUAAAUAAAAAUUGGGUUUAUAAUUGUAAAUUAAAUGUAAGAUUUUUUUUUUUUUUUUUUAAAUUAAUGCUUGUCCUUGGAUUUUCAGCUUGGUUAAUGCAAAUCAUAAAUAUUAAAUAUAUUCUGGAAUAAGAUAUGCCAGAUCCCUUUUUCCAUUCAAAUUAUCAUUAUGCAAAUUUGGUUAUGUUAUUUUUAUAUUUGAAACUAUCCUGAUGUCUCGUAAUGUGCAUAUUAGUAUAAAAAGUUUGAAAGCCCUUAUAACCCAGCCUAGUUUUGUAGACUGUAUUUUUAAUGCAGAGAUUCCUAGUUUUUUUGCCCUCCUGUUUUGAAAAAAGGCUUCACCAAACUUUUGUUUAUAAUAUUUCUGAACAGAGAUAUAUCUGAGUAUUACCUGAUAUUUUUGAUUGCAGUUAGUAAAAAAUUAUCUGAUUUACAAAUCUGAGGUAGUGUUACGGACAGGAAAAUAAAGGAAUCUUAUGAAGUAAUAACUGAUAUUUAUUCUGAUUUGCUUUAUGAUGACAAAAAUGAUAAAUCUUUUCCUUUCCCAAUAAAGUCUUUCUUUGAAAGUAUAUGUAAGGAAAAGAUUUUCAAAUUAUAUUGCUUGGAGAAUUAGCUUAAUACUAGUAUAAUUUUAAUACACGAAUGUAUUCAAAAUUACAUUUGUGUGUACUAGUAUGUCGCAGAUUAUCAAAAAUGAAAUAAAAUGUGUUUUUAAGUUUUUUUAAAAAAAGUUUUUAGGAUCUAUUUUUUUAGGAACAGUUUUUAGGUUUAUAUAUUAAGAGAUUUUAGGAUCUAUAUUUCAAUUAUUUGUGUACAUUCUGAAAUAAAAUAAUAUUAUAUGUGCAAAUAUAGGUUGAUUUUUCAUUACAAAAUAUGUUGAAUUUUGUUAUUUUCUAAGACAAUUACUAACACAUUCCUUUUUGUAUUUAAAGUUACAUUUUUAUAGAGAUAUAAUGAGAUAAUUCAGUUUUUCAUUAUUAAAGUUACUGUACUUGAGAGUAAAAAGUGACAUCACUGUGACAAAUUCAUGUAAUGUGAUUUCUAAUGAAAUAUGCAUUAGAAAUCUAAGGCUAGCAACAUAACCAUAACUAAGCAGUGUUACAUUGUAAAUCCUUAUUUUAAGGCAUGUUUGAAAAAAAGGAGGGAAGAAAAGAAAAGGAGCUUUAAUUGAGAAUAUGUACACUAACUUACAGGAACAUUCAAGUCAGUCACUUUGUAGUAUGUAAAUUAGCUCUGAAUUUUUAUUUAUUUACUACUAUUGGAAAUUUUGUUCUUUAAAAAUAAUAAUUAUUUUAAAAUGCCUGUUGGUGCAAUCUUUAAGGUAAUGCUAUACUUUGUUUCUACAAGAAAGUAAAUUAUUUUCCAAGUGGAUCAUGAAAUAUCAUGAAAUUGUUAGUUUUGGUGUCUUUGUUGUGAGGUAUUAAGAAACUGUAAACUAUUUUUUAUCACAGUGAACUCACCUAUUAUAUCUCAAAUUUUGUACCUUGAUUAUGGGAUAUUCCAUAUGUCGAAUAAAUCAGCAUUUAUAUUUUUUACAUAAAAUUGAACUAUUAAAAUGAUAAAGGAAAUUUCACAGUUCAAUGAAUAAAUUUCAUUGAACUAUUAAAUACAUCUUAGUUGUUUUAAAUUAUUACGUUUUUGAAGCUCAUAAUGAAAAAAAAAAAAAAAAUUUAGAAAUUAGCCUUUGUUAGUAUCUAUAAUUUAUUAUUUUUUACUCUGCAGAUUUUCAUUUAUUGUGGUUAACUUUUUUUAAAUUCAUUUUUGAUAGAGUUUUGCUUCUGGUAUAACUCUUAAUUUUUUUUGGGUGAUAGUGUGAAUUACUGGUGUUAUUUCUAAGUUAUUUUGCAUGUCCUAUGUUUUACAUUCUUGAAUAAAUAGAAAGCUGAUUAAUAAUUCUAUUUAGUGCUUUAAAGUUUUCUUCCAUCAUCAAGUACAAAGUUUACAACAUUGAAUGAUUUAGUUUAAAAAAAAAAAAAAAAA